CUUUUCCCUUUCCCAUCCUCCCACCACUUGUCCUGCCCUGGCUCGUCACACUUUGCCCCCCCUCGUCGGGACCGUCCUCUUGUCCUUUACACGCUGCCCCGGAAACACCUAAUUUAUUCCUUCCUGGCCGUAACUCGGUCGGUGCUUUGUUUUCUUCGGUCUCUUGACCUUCCUUUCCCUUCUUCCUGCUCUCCCCACCCCCUAAUCUCCCUCUCCCUAGCGUCUCGUGCGCCCCUUUCCCCCCUCACGGCUCACGACUCACUCCUUCAGCUUUACAACCUUGCUCCUCCCCAAUCGCCCGAGCUUAGAAGAAACCUGCCUGUGCAAGACAUGAGUACGCUAUUGAUGUCCAGACUGCGAUUAGAUGCUCUUGCAGUGCUACUAGCGAGAGACCACUCCGACGGCCCACUUGACGGGUGCUGAAGUCUGCACAACCUUGCAAUCGGUCUUUUGUUUUCCGUGUGUCGUUAUAAUACACUUUGACGGUACCUGUUCUCUGAGCGUGGAGAGCUAGCCACCGAAUCGCAGCACCCCAGCUUCUCCCCGAUCGCAUGUACACAGGACCAAGAUGAGCGCUCAAGGCACGGCGACUCCCCAGUCGCCGUUCGCAUUCCUACGCCCUGCCGAGCUGGAUACCAUCUGCUCCUCGUCUGGCUUUCAGAUCUUGAGGACAUAUUUAGCGACCACGCUACCGGUCGAUUUUUGCGCCGAACAUGCAUACGACAGCUCGGAGAUGCAACUGACCUGGCUUCUUCACCGGGAUAUUCUCCACGCAAUGAUCAUGCCAGUGGUUGAGCUGUACAAGGAGGCCUCCACCCUCGCCGCUGCGGCGCUCUGCUCGCAACGUCCCGACGAGCUGGAGGUCGCAUACAGGGGUGAAGCGAGAUUCGCUUUCCUGUGGCUACAAUGCUUCAUCACAGAAGAGGAGGACUGGUGUCACACACGCGGAUGUCCGGCGUGCAACACCCUACAGACGCUCGCGACCGAGCUCACCAUCCGAGGAGCCAUCACGGCCGCGUUGCUCUCGGGCAAGGACGCGUCCGUGCCGGACACACCUUCUUCCGAAACGGAGUCCGAGGCCGAGGACCAGCCGUCGCUGCCAGAUUUCACCAUCGUCCUCGGCUCCCUGGAACAGGCCAUGGACAACGACCCGUUUUGGGGCCCAGGCUACUACGCGCAGACGCUUGCUCGUUCCAAGCGCCUCAUGGCAGGCAUCCAAGAGCUCAUGUCGCAGUGUCAGGUCCUGGAGUCGCUUGUCUCGUCCGCUCCGCCCUCACCUAGCGCGAACGGCCUCGGCCGCGGGCACGCGGUAGACAUGCUCCGUCCCCAUGGCGACACCAGCAAGGAGAUGAAGCUGAAGAAGGGCGCCGUGGCCCGUAGACAGGCAAAGCUGAAGGAUGAACAGGGCGCCAUGAUCAUGCGCAUGGCCCUGCAGACCUGGAGCGCGGUGCACUUGUCGCAGCGUCAGAGAUCCAGGCUCAAGGCCGCCAUCAAACAAGACGGCCGCGUAGGCAGAAAGAGAACCUGCACUACGUGAGCCUAUCGACCCCCAGGCCGUUGGUGGCCAAACUCUUAAGAUAUUCUUAAGGCGCGCGACAUAACUCUGAAAAAAGUUGCGCUCGGGAUUCCCCGUCUUAUUCCAGCUAGCAGUUUCGGAGUUUGUCGCGCACGCAUCUGAAAGAGCCUAUAUUUUUUCUUUUUUUUUUCUUCGUCCUUACUACUUUCAUAUGUCUGCAUCGCAGGAGGAAACUGAGGGCAUCUUCGUCAUCUUCAUUAUCAUCAUCACCAGGCAAGGCAGAAGAAUGGCCUUUGCGGAUUUGAUACCCCCCAACAUUUAAGCCACAUGAGCAUCCACAUGCAUGCACACAUGAACGGAUAGCUGGUCUAGAGCAUAGCACUAUAAUUCUAAUCCAAAUCUUUACCAUUCCCAUCAAGACAGGGGUUUCUUUCGUUUCUCAACGUGGUCG